ACAAAAAUAAAUCCCAUUGACCCCCUCUCUCUCUCUCUCUAACACGCACAACAAAAGCAGUUUUUUCUCUCGUCUUUCUUCUUCUUCUUCUUCUCCAUCAUGAUGCAGAUCGGUUCUACUCUUCCUGCGCUAAACCUAAAUCAGUUUAACACAAGACGUGCGAGCUUCAAGUCCCAAAUGUCUCCUCUGAACCCUCUAAAAAGAUCAUCAUCUUCUUCAUCUCAGUCUACUCGGGUACAUCUCGCGAACCUCGAGAAGCUUCUGCAGAAACCGCCGUUACCGGACAAAGCAAUAGACCCGCUAACUGUUCGACAAAAUGCCUAUGAGAACGGACCCGUCGAGAAGAAGGGAAAAGGCCUGCUCGAAGGGCUUAACCUGGCCCGAAUGUGGUCGGAGAUGAAAGCCAACGACGAAAUGUCGCCGCGUAACAUGAACCGCCUCCAACAGCUUCUCAGCAAAACAGACGAGUACUCGCCGAGAAACAAUCUGGGCCGUCGAUGGAGAGAUUAUCAUGGUUGCAGUGAUUGGAUCGGACUGCUUGACCCGCUCGACGAGAAUCUCCGCCGCGAGGUCGUCCGAUACGGCGAGUUCGUCCAGGCGGCCUAUCGGUGUUUCCACUCCAACCCCGCCACACCGGCCGACGAGCCGCCGUUUCCCCGCCACGUGGCGCUGCCGGAGAGGUCGUAUAAGGUGACUAAGAGUCUUUACGUGACUUCGUCCGUGGGUUUGCCCAAGUGGGUCGAUGACGUGGCUCCGGAUCUCGGGUGGAUGACCCAGCGAUCCAGUUGGAUCGGGUACGUCGCGGUCUGUGACGACAAGAGGGAGAUCCAACGGAUGGGGAGGAGGGACAUCGUCAUCGCACUACGAGGUACUGCCACGUGUCUAGAGUGGGCUGAGAAUAUGCGGGCCCAGCUUAUAGAAAUGCCCGGGCAAGAUCAGGACCCGGCGGAUAACCUGGCCCACGGACAGCCCAAGGUGGAGUGCGGGUUCUUGAGCCUCUAUAAAACACGCGGGGCUCACGUGCCGAGCCUUGCCGAGUCAGUGGUUGAAGAGGUCAAGCGGCUCAUGGAAUUAUAUAAAGAUGAGACGCUGAGUAUUACCGUGACUGGCCACAGUCUAGGAGCGGCCUUGGCAUUACUAGUAGGCGACGAGCUAAGCACGUGCGCCGAAGAUGUCCCACCGGUGGCGGUCUUCUCCUUCGGAGGGCCUCGGGUCGGAAACCGAGGCUUUGCGGAUAGGAUCAAUGCAAAAAAUGUUAAGGUCUUAAGGAUUGUGAACUCACAAGAUGUAAUCACUAGAGUUCCCGGUACAUUUUUGAGUGAAGGAUUAGAAGAGAAGUUAAGGAACACGAAAGUCGGUGGAAUGCUCGAAAUGCUAGAGGAAAACAUGCCCUUAGCGUACUCACACGUCGGGGCGGAACUUAGGGUCGACACGAAAAUGUCGCCCUAUCUUAAGCCUAACGCGGACAUGGCUUGUUGCCAUGAUUUGGAGGCUUACUUGCACUUAGUGGACGGGUUUUUGUCUUCUAAUUGUCCGUUUAGAGCAAACGCCAAGCGAAGCUUGGUGAGGUUGCUACAAGAUCAGGGGUCGAACGUCAAAAGAUUGUAUAUAAGCAAGGCAAAGUCCUUGAGUUUGAAUCUCGAACGGGAAGGCAUGCCCUUUCAUAGUUGCUUGUCAAGUCCAUCUUAACAUAAUAAUAGAAUUGGUUGAAAGUA